AUGGAACGACAAGCAGUUCAAGGUGCUUAUGUGGCAGCAAGAGAUGCUCGUGAUGACGAGGGAGAUGUCAUGGCUCGGGAGGCGCGUCUGGCGGACCACAAGGCAUCUCUGGAUGCCAGAGAGCAAGAGAUCGCCCUUCGGGAGGAGAAACUCGAAGCCACUCUCCGUGCCAAGGAUGAGGAUUUGGAGGUUCUUGUGCGGCAGCGCACCAAGGAACUAGAGGACAAGCACGGAGCCGCCCUGGACGCCCUCGCCGCUGACCAUGUUGCUCAGCUGAAGAAGCUUACUGAAGAUCUAGAUGCCGCAUCUGCCGCCAAGACUGACCUUGACCGGCAGGUGGCUAAGCUGAAUGAGGAUCUAGCCAGGGGCGGCAAGGAGGUGGAGGCACUCAAAGAGGGGGCACGGCAGGCAGAGAUCCACUUGGCUGAUGUGCAGUCGCAGCUCUCCUCCAAGACCCAGAGCCUUGAGACUGCCAAUGGCAACAUCUCGGACAUGAAGGCAAGGAUCGACACAUUGGAGCGUUCGGCGGAGUCCCUUGAGUCCCACCAGCAGUUGCUGUCCAAGGAUUUGGACACCGCCCGGCGUCUCCGGCAAGAUGCAGAGGACAGGCUGAAGAAUCAGGUCGAUCUCGGUAACCUCUGGACCAAGAGCCUGAUCAACAUGGCCGAGCGUCUUGGUGCUCAGGCUGUGGUGAUGGGCAUGGACGGCCCAGUCUUCUCAGUUAGCAAGCAAGAGGUCCCAAUCGUCAAGCUGGGACUCUUCUUCAACGAGCUGAUCGAGAAGCUGCAAGUGCAUGAAGAGGGGAGGGCCAAGCGCUUUGCGACCGAGUCCCGGAAGCUUGCCCGUGACGCCCUCUACAUGGUCUUGAGCAAUAUCACCUGCCACCAUCCAGACCUCGACCUUCACAACGGAUUCAAGAAGCCGCCGGCGGGUGCCGAUGUCGCAGCCGCCAAGGAGAAAGCUGCGCCACGGGCCGACAGGGUUCUCCAUGUUUGA